AUGCAAGUGCCCAUCGAGACGAUCCCCAUUGAGACACUGCCUCUGGAGAUCCUGGACCAGAUCAUACAGGAGACCAUCCCCGAGUCCUUCUCCCAGCUCAGAUGCACCUGCAAGGCCUUCUACCGUGCCGGCGAGCGCUACUUCCGCAGGCACCGCGAGCUGAGGGCCCGCUUUCACAACGUUGAUUAUCACACCUUGCGGCACGACCAGGUCAAGAAUGCCGUCGAGCUCUUGCAUGCCAUUGCCGAAGACCCCAUCGCCGGUCGGUACAUCGUAAGGGCAAACCUCAGCGCAGACAAUGCCUGCUCCGUCCGCCACCAGCAGGUCGGCGACGGGGUCGGUCCACCGCUGGGCCUUCUCAAGGCGUACAAGGCCAAGUAUGGCGGCCCUCUGCGCAGACUCGUUGAAGAGUCCUCGUAUAUCGCCGAGGCCGGCAUCGACCCGGAUAAGUGGCUCGCCAAGAUGCUGGACCCCAAGGGGUUGGAAGCAACCGUCUUCCUCCUGACCCUUCUUCCCAAUGUUGUCUAUCUAAACCUGCCCACCGGGUGGACGAGGCUCCCUACCGAUGUUGACGAAGCGCCAACCCGUGGGAAUGGCGCCUUGUGGGACAUUGUCGACGUUCUCGUAAGGCAGAGUGAUAGCAAUGAUCCGGCCCUGGCGAACAGGGACAUUUGGAAUCUCUUGGACCUCAUUGUCAAGCGAGCCAGCGAUGAACAGCUUUCCGGUAUGUCACUGGGGAGGCUCCGAGAUUUCGCAUUUGUCCCGCUGGUUAUCAACCUGCAGGAGAGCCAUGGGUUGACCGAGUCGUCGCUCACGUCAUGUGCACCUUUCCUGGCCCUUCCGUCGCUGGAGCACUUCCUCCUUAUCGGUUGCCAUGCGUGCAACGCGACGCACAGAGACGUCUUUUAUCCGCGGUAUUCAGCCUUCAGUCCAAACUUGCGCGAACUAGACCUGCGACACUCAGCCGUCAAAGCGAGCGCUUUUGCCGACCUUCUGUCGAGGCUACCGCAUCUCGAAGACGUUCGCUACCACCACGAGGUGAAAAAAUACAGCUGCGGUCGCAAUUGCGACAUUGGUGCCAUCCUGGCCACCAUACAGAAACACGCGGGCCGUCACCUCCGCAAGCUCGUCGUCACCACAACGUCCAACUACUAUAACGAGAUCGGUACCACCCUCGAUGACAUGUCUGGCUUCAAGGCCCUCCAGGUCCUGGCUAUUACCUUCGACAUCCUGCUUGGGCCGUCGUAUAUUGAGGGCUACCCGGAGUGGGACGGCGGAUACCAGCACCCCGGCAAGAGGAAGCUUCGGCUCCUGAAGGACAUCAUCCCUCCUACCGUCACUUCUUUGCUGUUUACCGUGCGGGACAUCGACAACAUGCUCCCCACCCUCGUCAAGAUGCUCCGGGGUUUCGACGUCGAGCGGAUGAACUUCUUUGGGCUCGAGGUCUCCGUGCCUCAGAACCACACCUGGCCUACCAAGACCACGGACGCCAUAUACGCCAUCAAGAAGCUCGGGAUCCAGUUCAUGGAGGAGGGCGAGCAGAACUGGGAAGGCCGCAUGAAUCUCCUCUCUGUGGAGAGCGCGGUGUGGCCCAAGGCAGGGUCUGGCCACGUGCUGCAGAGGGUCCUACAGCAGCACGCGGCGGAGCAAGUUGCGCAGCUAGGGCAUACGGCACAGCACACUUUGCAAGACGAUGUCGAUGGGUGA